AUGGCUCUGCACCAUCUGGAUCUCGGACAGAUCGAUCUGGUUUCAACAACUUCAGACCGACACCUCCAACUUACCAGCAGUGUGCAACUUACUGCAUCGGAGGAGGCGCUGAGAUCACUAAACGUGGUAGAUUCACGUGAAGGAUGCAGCUCUCGACGCACGUGGAUGACACCCGCCGCUGGAUUUCACUUGACGAUUGACCUGCAUCUGUGCAGCGACUUACUAAUCUGCAGACACGAUCUUGCUGAUGCUCUCGCUCAGACCUUGUUUGAUGCCUCAUUCUGGAGGCAGUUACAGCUUGAACCGAAGGCGAAAGUGGUCUCUGCUGGCAGCUCUGAUUCCUGUAUGAGGCUUCAGAUCUGCUUAGACCACGCUGCAGGAGAGUCCCCUGCCCCAGUUCGCAGUGUGCACAGAAUUGCCCAAGACGUUCCGUACCAUGAUAUUCAGCCGCCUCCAGGAAUUCAAACCGCACGACUCCAUCAUGUCUCGCUACAUAUGCGCUUCUCGGACACAAGCGAUCGCAAACGAAGAAGAACACCAACUUCCUGGAGUUUGGUGAAUGGUUCUGACGACGACGACAUGCUGGAGCUCUCUACCGCCGGCCCCGCCCUGUCUCCCAUAUUCGAGCCAUGGACUUGUCCCAGAAUCCGACGCACCAGAAUUACUCCUGGAAGAACUACAUCUCCACCACCGCAACGUCCAAUGCUGGCUUCUCAUGGCGAGCUUACCGACGGCGGCGAAGAAAAUUGCCCGCCGACACUGAAGCGAUAUUACAACACGAGUUUGACCGAUUGUUAUCCGCAGAACCAUCACCACGAAGACAUUUUCGCACUUUGCGAUGCUGGAAUCAGAUAUGCUAUCGCUACGCCUCGAAAGCGUUCUUUGAAGGAUGUCGAACUCGUGGGUCACGAAUCCCUCACACAAUUGUCGAGCAUCUGCCCUGCCGUGUUCUCGCCGAGCCACUGGGAGUCGUUGUCGUCACGCACAAUCUUAUUACCUACCGUGAGCCACGCUUUGACACAGACCUGCGGUGUCCACGCCAGAAAUGCUGCACUACGAAGCAAGCUUCUGGAGCUUUCUCGCCGAAUUGGCGCAUCUUCUCACCCAGGUGUUAUCAGUUCAGCGACCCAAGAACACGUAGCGGUUCAUCUUUGGCGAUCAACGCAAGCUGGGCUGUUUGACAGUGAUGCCGCGUCACGUUUGCAACCUCUCGCGAGCAGGAAAAGUGGCCAUGUGGAUAUGCUGCAUGAGGCGGGUUCUUCGAAGCCUUCUGACUUCCGUGGACGAGAAGUGGGCGACUGUGACGAGGCUGGCCUGGACAAUCGUGAUGGCGAUUGUGACGACGAAGAUCUCUUUGAGUCUCAUGGGUCUCAUGAGCGGGGUGUCGUGUUCACGCAAAGGACUCCUGAGUCCUCGCAGGAGGACUUUCUUGAGAUGGCCUUGGGCAGUCUGGGCUGCGACACGGACGGCAUGCUGUCAGCCCGAUGCUCAUAG